AUGAACAUCUUCACUAAGGUCCCAGGAUUAGCCCAACAAACCAGCAAGCUGGGGUCUGUGCUCCAACGCGCCUUCUACGGGUCCAGUGGGCGGGUGACCCUCUUCGAGCAGAGGAACUUCGCCGGCCGGAGACUGGACCUGAGUUCCGACUGCGCCCGAAUCAGCGACAAGAACUUCCCUGAGAGAUGCAACUCUGUGCAGGUGGAGAGCGGAGCCUGGAUCGGUUAUGAGCAUGAGAACUUCCGGGGCCGUCAGUACCUGUGGGACAUGUCUGACCGAGGAGAGUACAACUGCUACGACAAGUGGUGCGCUCAGGUGGACCACGUGUCCUCGGUGCGCUCCGUCAAACAGGACACCAACCCGGCCAAGGCUCAUCUGUUUGAGCGAGCUGGUUACUCCGGUAAGAAGAUGGAGAUCCAGGACGACAUCCCCAACCUGAUGAGCCGCUACAGCCUGAACCGAGUCGCCUCCAUCCGCGUCCUGGGAGGAGCGUGGGUGGUGUACCAGGAGCCUAACUACAGAGGGCCUCACUACAUCCUGGAGAAACGUGAUUACAACAACUUCUCUGACUGGGGAAGCCAGAACAACACGGUGGGCUCCAUGCGCCGCGUCCGCUUCACCUGA